UUUGACUUCAUUGCGGCUACAUGUGGGUAAUUAGUCGGACCCAUGCAGUGUGCUUUAACUGGUCAGUGCUGUAUUGAUUGGAUAGACACCAGUCAUAUCACAGGAUCCUAAAUCUUAUUGUAUGUAGACAAUAUUGAGUAGGUCUUGUUUAAUUGGUUCCACCUAGUAACUGGUCUAAAACAAUGCUUUUAGACAAAUUUUACUUUACAAAUAUUGAAUCUUUCAAUGUGUACAGUCAUCCUUUUUGUUCGUAUAGUAUUGUCUUUGGAUUUUUGUAGAUUAAAAACAAUGUAGUUAAAGUAAACCUGUUUUUAACAGGAAUGAACCACUGAGCAGUAUUGUACUCGGUUCAUUCCUUCUUGAAUAGGGGAAUGAAAAAAAGUUGUAUACAUCUGAAAGUUCCAAAGUAAUACAUUACAAAUUAAAAUUUACUUGAAGAGAAUGUCAUGUCCAAAAAGAAAAAACAAGUAUUAAGGUGGCACCCAUAAAAUGUUGUUAAAUAUAUGCCUGUAAUACCAGCCAGGCCUGUAAGGGACAUUUUGGACAAAACUAGUUAGGUUACACUGGGGCAUGUACAAUACCAAUAAAUAUAGUGUUUUAGAGGAUUAAAGGUAUAACUUUUGUGACAAUGAGUCCUCCAAGUUAGGUACUGGAAAGUAAAACUAUAUUUACUUUGUUUUAAUUCCUUAAAAUGGCUCCUUGUUCAUUGUAGACUGGUAAAUGUUUAAAGAGCAAUUACUGUACUGUAUUUGCAUUUACAUAACCCUGAGCUAUUCUAGAAAUAGGCAGGUAUUUUGGAAAUUAUUAUUUGUGAACUGUACCAUUCAUGUAUUUGUGCAAUUUCUGAAGUCUGAAAUAAUUUGCACAACCUUUCACCCCAAAACUAUCUUAGUCUAACCAAUCAACUCUAUUCAAGUGUUGUGUUGUCAUACAAAUCACUUUUUGAACGGUUCUGAAAGCACACACAAUUUUGUACUAGUAUUCAUUUUGUAGCAUAUACUGUACUGUAAUAGGUUAGGGUAAAGUUUUUAACAAUAUAUGAAUAAUUUAAAAAAAGAAUAACAUAGUUGUGUCGAAGAAUCUAUUGUCUUAUAGAAUUUGCUUCAGCAUGUAUUAAAUGAUACUGUAAAUCAUAUUACCAUUUAAAUUUUUCCUGGCUUUCCAUUUUACACAUAUUACAAUAGGUUGAAGAUCCUGUAUCCAAAAUUCUUGGCACCGAUUGCAUUUUGGCUUUAAGAUAUUUUCAGCUUUCAGAUGCCAAUGCUUACCUCAUAUCUGGCCAAUGAAAUUUUCUACGUACACCACCACUUCCCGCCUCUUACAUAUAAGAUAUGUUGGAAGGAUUGUAUUGGAACUGUUUGCCGAUACCUGCCCCCGAACAGUUGAGAACUUCCGAGCCCUAUGUACAGGAGAGAAAGGCAUUGGCAAGAAAGGCUUUCCCUUGCACUUAAAGGGAUGCACCUUUCAUCGCAUUAUCGAAAACUUUAUGAUACAGGGAGGCGACUUUACUGACCACAAUGGCACUGGUGGGGAGAGUAUCUAUGGGGACAAAUUUGAAGAUGAGAACUUGGAACAUAAACACACUUCAGCCGGUGUUCUCUCUAUGGCUAAUGCUGGACCAAACACAAAUGGAUCCCAAUUUUUUAUUACCCUGUCGGACACUCCUCAUCUAGAUGGGAAACAUGUGGUAUUUGGACGAGUAGUCAAGGGUUUGGGAGUAACGAACGUCUUGGGAAAGGUGAAAACAGAUGGCGAUAAGCCAGUUGAGAGAUGUGAAAUAUAUGACUGUGGGGAGCUCAAAUCUGGUGAUUCGUUUGGUAUUGUGGAUGAUGAUGGUACAGUGGACACGUACCCCCAAUUCCCAGAUGAUUCAGAUGUUAAUUUUGAAGAAGCCACUAUGGAUGAACUAGCCAAAGUGGUGAAUAAUAUAAAAGAUGCAGGAAAUACUUUCUUCAAAAAGCAGGAGUAUAAUACUGCCAUCAAGAAAUACCAAAAGAGUCUGUCAUAUGUCAACUAUAUAAAGGAAUAUAACACGUCAAAGCGCUCCGACUUCUCUGAUGCUGAUGCCAACACCUUAGACAGCUUGGCUGUGUCAUGCCUUCUAAACCAUGCACUGUGUUCGUCCAAGCUGGGCUGGUUCGAUAAAGCUAUCUCAGACUGUAGUAAAGCGCUCGAAUUGGACAAUACGAACCCAAAAGCGUACUUCCGUCGUGGUCAGGCAUACAAUUUGAGCAACGACACAGAUGCUGCUAAAGCUGACCUCGAGAAAGCGAGAGAACUUGAGCCAAACGAUAAAGGUAUAUUAAAGGAAUUGGACACGGUCGUAAAAAAGAUCAAGGCACAAAGGGAGAAAGAGAAGAAAAUAUAUGCUAAGCUUUUCCAGUGAAUCCAAAGCGUAUCAGAACAAAAUUAAUGUGUUGUUUUUCAGGUACUUAAUUAAUGUUUUAACGUAUUUGUGAAUAAAAGUGUGUUGUGUUUUGUACCAGUAUUGUCAUACAAGCUGUAAUAAAAAGCCAUGCAAAAUUA